GCAAAGCAAAUUUAUCAUUAUUCAAAGUAAGUGGGACACCUGUAACUUACUUAGGAUGGUGACCAUCAUAUACUUUUUCUAUAAAAUUAUCUUUCAGCUUAUUAAUCUUUUCUUUUGCUUUCUUUAUAUUUGCUGUUAUACUCAUCUGUGGAGCUCUUUAUUUCAUUUAUUCUAUUUUCAGUUCUAUUUGACUUACAGAUUCCAGUUCUCUGGUGUAAUUCUUGUCAUCUAUUUUUUAUAAUAAUCACAAUUACUUUAAAGUCUGUGUCAAAAAGCUCCAAUAUCUGGGUUAUGUGUGGGUUUGUUUCCUAGUAGUUGACUAGUAAAUUUUGAAUGAAUGCUGGACGUUACGUAUAGAAGAUUGUGGAUCUUGUGCCUCUUCCUCUGGAGAGGAUUCCAGAAGGUAUUCUGGCAGGCAGCAGAGGGGAACGUUAUUUUACUUCAAUCAGGACCGAGUGGAUGCAAGUCUAGUCUUUGUAAGACUCCAUCUCCUAGUUUCCUCCCAUUCCUAAAAAGUAGUUUUCCAGGGAUACUGUCUGCUGGGGUGUUUCUCUCGUCUUUUGAGCUUUGCUCUGUUUUUAGCCACAUUAUGCUUGGAAAAUUAGCAUCUUGCCCUAAACAUCUUACUGUGCAAAUACCUUGAAUGAAAAGUCAGUGCUGAGUGUCAGGCUUACUUCUCUGUCCCUUCUUUCUGGGAUCUUGGGCUCCCAAUUCCUGGCAGCCUCGCCAGCUCCAAACACUAUUCCCUUGUCUCCCUAGUUCCCUUGUCUCCCUAGCUAAAGCUCUGCUGGUGUCCUUUCUUGUGUUCCUCUCUUGGGCUUCUCAGCCCCUUUACACCAAUAAUCAGCAAAAGCAUGGAAUUCUUGGCUGCCUUGGAAGCUGUCUGAUGCCUUGUAACAGGUGUGUGUGUGUGUGUGUGUGUGUGUGUGUGUGUAAGUAAAAUGUGCUUUUCUAGUUAUACUGGGAGGCAGAAGUCUCUGUGUACUUCUUUUUAACCGUUCAAUGAAACAAAUAAUCAUUGCCAUCAUGUCGGUUUAGAUGAUUCAUUUAGAUAUUCUGCCUCCUAGGGAAUCCAGCACUGAGGUUUCUUGAUCUUUUAAAUAACUUGUGGGAGGAGACAGGUGGUUUUUAUGUUCCAAAUAAUUCUUAAUUCUUGUUUUAAAAAGACCCAAAAAAGGGAGUGUGUCCUCUGCCCAGAAUUAGCUGCCUAUGAAUAAUUGUUUUCAUCAUUUAGGAUUUUGCAGUUUCCAGGAUGUUUUUUACCUACCAUAUUCAUUUCACAAAUAGAUGUUAUGUACCUUUUAUGUCUCUGCUUUAUAGAUGAGGAAGCCAAGAAACACACUGAGUCAAUGCCUAAAAAUCACAGGCUAAUUAUUGACAGGAAUGACUAAAAUCAGGCUCCCAGACCACUAGUCCUGUCUGAUACAUUAACGUGACCUCCGUCCAUCAUGGUAUGUGAAGUAUUUCCUAGAAGCUGUACCCACACUCCUAAGUUUAACUUUACAAUAUUGCUCAAUUUCAUUACCUGUAAUAACUUCUUAUUCAGGCUAUUUUCAGUGAUCGGGGGAAUUAAUUUGUACUCUGAGAUGCAGCCCUAAAUGCACAUGAGCAGGUGCACAGGCGACAUACACCCUCAGCCUUCCUAUUCACUCUGAGUAGGAAGGAACUGUGGAAAUAUAAUUCCUGCGUCCAGAUCACUGCUGCACACACACUCUCAAACAUUCUGGUGUGGUUGUCUUAUUCUAAAAAUAGUGUUUGCACCCAGACAGAUGACCUGAAAAACACAUGGCCUCCGUUUCACAGGACGUUAUAGCUGUGGACUCUUAAAUAACUCCUGGCAUCAAAGUUAAAAAUAAUCGCUUUGCCCCGAUAGCCUUCACUCACUUGCAGGAAUGUUUUUACUUACCUGUUGGCUCUUGCUCUGUUCACGAGACACUCACGUGGAAUGUGCCUACUUACAUUUUUCAACCCCCUUAUUUAGGGGCGUUCCAGCCUCACUGCUGUAUGACCAGAGGCUGUGAAGCUGCAGCUGUCAGGGUUAGUUCUCUGUGAGGACUCGCUGUCAGUGUGUACAGUAGUAAACUGCAUGCUUUGGUGCUCGCCUUUCAGGCACCAUCAGAGGUCUCAUCAGCAAAGCAAAAGUUGUGGAUGAUACUUUUUAACCUUCUAGAAACUCAGCUAACUCAUAUAUAUAGGUAUGUCCAGACUUAACAUUUAAUAAAUGUUGACCUUCAGGUAGGCAUGUGUCAUAAAGCCUGCUUUCUUUAAUGGAAGAGAAACUAAAUUGGGAACAAAAUGGGUGACCACUUGGGCUACUGUUUAGCCAUGUAACCUUUGAUUUUUCUCGUUUGUAAACUGUAGGGAAAAUAAUUUGUCUCCUAAUUUACUGAGCAUAUUGUAAAGAAAAACGUGUUGAUUAUGAAAUGUGUUUUGGGAGCCUUAGAAGAAAGGAAUGAAUAUAAAUUCAUGGUAGUACAGUGAUUAUUAAAUGAUUCAAAACCUGAUACCUAGAACGUCAAAUUGUUGUUUUCCAAAGUUGGAAUUACAGCUUGUUUAAGCUUAUUCACAUGAUAUGCUCUGCUUGAGAGGCAUAAAAUACUUGAAUUUCUUUAAUUUUAAAUGUGUUUGCUGAGAUUGUAUGGAUUUCUCUUUAAAGAAGAAGCUACUUAAAAAAACCAUCUGGUGGUUGGGCUCUUUGCCCCUGGGUACAUGCUGAUGACCACGGAUGAGAGGGACUCUGCAUCUAUUACUAUGUAGGAAGCUUUGUUUUAGAUUAAUGCUAUGGUUUUCACUACACUGAAUGAAACCCAUUCUCUCCCAAUGUUUUAAUCGCCUCUUAAGUUUUAGGAUCGCUCUCUGACUAGUCAGUAUAAAGAUGAUGCCUUGCUUCAUGAUAGCUGAGGUGGUCUCUGGUGAAGAACAUGUUUUCUUUUUCCAGGAGCUUCUAAAAUUUCUGACCCUGAAUUUUGGUUGUACUAGAUAGAUUGCAUUUCAGUGCACUCUUUUUAAAAUCAUGAUUUAUUAAUAAGAUAUUUUAAUAUAAUUUUCUCUGCUGUAUUUGAUGUUAAACUUUAUUAGGUAAAUAUGAAAGCACUUAACACACAUUUUGAAUUAAUUAUUACCAUUUGAUAUUUUAAUGUAUUAUUUGCCUAGUUUUCAAGAAAUGAUCAAGAAAGCAUCAAUAUAUAGCCAUCCCUUAGUUCAUCGCUUAAUGGAUCUCAAAGCUAAAAAAGAGAACAGAGAAGCCGAUGAUGACAGGAAAGUGGUUGCAGAGAUCAUGCGGAGGUGUUUUGUUCCAACUUUAGUAACAGCCAUCUCCUGGGAGGGAUUUCAUUUCGUUGGUCAUGAGAUUCGGAUUACUGAAGCCAUGGAUUGUUACGGUGCUAUUGUUUGGCCAUCGGCCCUUGUUCUAUGCUAUUUUCUGGAAACAAAUGUAAAGCAGUAUAACAUGGUUGACAAAAAUGUGAUUGAAAUUGGAGCUGGAACAGGGUUAGUCUCCAUCGUGGCGAGUUUACUUGGUGCACACGUGACUGCCACAGAUUUACCUGAGUUACUUGGAAACCUGCAAUAUAAUAUUUCCCAAAACACCAAAAUGAAAUGUAAGCAUUUGCCUCAGGUUAAAGAGCUCUCCUGGGGUGUAGCUUUAGACAAGAACUUUCCCAAGGCUUCCAGCAACUUUGACUACAUCCUGGCGGCCGAUGUUGUCUAUGCUCAUCCAUUUCUGGAAGAACUCCUCAUUACCUUUGACCAUCUGUGCAAAGAAACCACCGUCAUCCUCUGGGUCAUGAAAUUCAGGUUGGAGAAGGAAAAUAAAUUUGUAGAUAGAUUUAAGGAGUUGUUUAACCUGGAGGAGAUUUCCAGUUUCCCUAGCCUGAAUAUUAAAUUGUAUAAAGCUAUGAAGAAAAAUUGGAGGAGUGCAUGAUAUCCUCAGAGGAGGACUUGGAAAGGGAAGGCAAUUUCUAGUGAUUAUUAUUGCUUUAACAAAGAACCUGGAUGAUCUGAUAUAGCUGACUUUCCCAAGGGGACACACACACACGCACACACACACGCACACGCACACACACACACACACACGUGCACACGCACCUUGCCCCAGACAGGGAUUUUCCCAGAUAUAGCACACAGGUGUAUAGGAUGGCAAAGCCAUUCUGUGUGGUAAUUGGUUAGGACAAUGUCUGCUUUCCUUAUCUUUCUAUAGUACCAUUUAUAAUUAUUAUCGUCUUAAUAAAUGGUGCAGUUAUUGUUAAUGUAUAACUGUAGAAUGAUGGUUAAUAAUAGUAUGUCUAAAAUGUUUUAAACAUAAGCUUAUGUGAUUCUCUCUUUAGAAAUAAUGAAACGGACUAUAGUGGGCUCUACAAAUAAAUCUGACUAGGCAGACAGAGAAGGUAAUGGUCAAUGUUAGAUUAUUGUGGCUUCAUUAGUGCCAGCUUACUGGUGGUCUGUCUUCUCUGCUUGGCAGGGUGGGUCUCCAGCACACCCUCUGAAAUCAGUCAAGCUGGUGGAUUCGAGGUUACAGGCAAGGACAUUUCACUCCAGUAAAUGAAAAAUGAAUGGAAGAAAACAUAAAAUCAGUUGAGAUUUUGGAGGAGCCAUUGUUUUAUUUUUAGGCCAAGUACAGUUAUUCUGCAUCACAGAAAGAGAAAUAAAUAUAAAAACUUUUCAUGUGUAUAAAAAUACACAUGAAAAGAUUUCAGUCUCUAAUCUCAACCAGACAUAUGGCUGGUUUUAAAGUUUAAAGCUCUUCUGAUAAACAUAUAGAGACCUAGAUAUUUGAAAUCCUAUGUGCUUUUUUUUUUUCCACAAGGACCUUAGAGAUUAGAAUAAAGUCUGAAGUAAGUAAAGUCAGUGCAAGAAGAGCAAAAUAUUAGGAUUUUGUACCACGUAAGAAGUCUAGCAGUUGGUAACUCUUCUGGGUUCUCGGUGAUGUUGGCUAGGCAGGCUCUGUGCCCUUGGGGUGGUACUUGCCCAGCCCUUUCUGCUUUGCUGGAAGUUCUCAGUCUACUCAGGGUUGAACAGAGCUGAAAAGUUUAUUUCCUAGGACUCUGACCUUAAGCCAGGAUGCAAAUGUACUCUCAGUGGGUUUUUUGGUAUGCACGGUUCCUGGGGCCAUCUCUCAAUAAUUACCAGUAUUUAUACGCCCCUUUAUAGUUUUCACAGCCUGCUGUGUACAUAAAGUCAGCUAAUCCUCACAAGCAUUCUAAGAGUCUAUGUAAUAUCAGUAUCCCCACUGCACAGGUAAAGGAGCCGAGGCCACCAGGGGUGGAGCCACACAGCUGCAGAGUGGCAGCGCUAGGCACUCAGGCCCAGGUCUGAGUCCAGAGCCCGUGUUUUUUUUUUUUUUUUAACCAUUGCUCUGCCUUUAUGUAUUUAAAACAGUAAUUUUCCAACUCUUUUGUAAGUGAGUGAAGUCAUUUCUUUCAAGUGAAAUCAGUACCUGGAAAGGUAAGCAAAUGCAUCAGGAGAAGAUGAGAAUCUUUUUCUCUGGUGUCAGGGAGGCUUAUUUAGAAGGUGACAUUUAAGCGAAGCUGGAAGGAGGUGAGGGAAGCAGCAGUGCAGGUAUUUGGGGAGGUGUGUCCCAGGCAGAAGGAACAUCUCUGCCAGGACCUUAAAGCCGGAGCCCACCGGUCCUCAGGAGGAAACAUCGGAGGCCAGUGAGCUCGGAGCAGGGCGAGCGGGGAGGCUAGGAAGCUUCAGUAUCGGCGGCGGGACGGGGCCUUCGUGGCAGGCUGGGUUCUCCGGAAGCAGGCCAGGAGGCGGCAUUUGAUGUGCAGGCCAUUUUUAGGGAGUGUCGUGGGGAUCAAGACCUGUGGAAGGGGCAGAAGGAAGCGGGGCAAAGGUGGAGCUGCCGUCCACGGCCUCAGCCGACCCACCCCCAUGGGGCUCUGGACCUGGGUGUGGGGACGGGGGGCGCUGAGACUGCUGAGCCUUGAUAACCCGUGUCGCUCAGUCACCGGACGCGGGUGGCCCGGGAAGGCUGUGACCUUGGGCGAGGUGACUUACGCCGGGGGUGGGGUGAGGCGAUGCCCGCGGACGUUGACAGCCCAGGGCCGCUGGCCAGCAGCGCUGCCCGCGUGGAGGCGAUGAGUCCUCCUGAGGGGUCUGCGCAGCACAUCAGGGCAGCCGCAACCUCAAGGCCAUUGCGAGGACCUUGGCUCUUACUCCGGUGAAGCGGAGGAUCGCGGGAUGGUUUGGAGUAGAGGAGUGAAGCAGUUACCCCUCCGUGUAAGGACCACUCCGGCUGAUGUUCCUAGGAUACUACGCAGGGCGGAGGGACCAGCGGGGAGGCUGUGGUGAGCAUGGCAGCCCGGGCCCCGGCGGGGACUGUGCCCGGAGGUGGCGAGAAGGGGUCGUUUCUAGAAGAGUCUGGAAGCUAAUGCCCACCGACCUUCUCUCCAUGUUGAGUAUGAGUGUGAGGCUGACUCGGGAGUAUUUGGUCCGAGCUGCUGGACAUCACAGAACAAAGAACAUCAGAGUCAUCGGCUGAGAGGUCGUUUGCACAGCUCACGCGGGGAGCAAAAGAGUGAAGAGGGGCUGGAACGAGGACUGAGCCCCCAGGUGGCCGCGCUGAGGUCAGACACAGCUAGACCCGAGGUAUGUUUUCGAGGCUCUGCCCUCCUUCCCCCAAAUUAUAUUCGGGUCUGUUGACUCUGAAAGAAUUUACUGCCACUGUGGUUUUUGAGCUGGCCAGCAGAGUCUCAAGGUUCCGAGAAACUGUCUCAGAGGCUUCUAGGAGGGUUUUAGGUGAAACAGCAUGAAUCUUGGGGUAACAAAUGAAAAAAAUGGCUCCUCUGCUAAAAAAAGGUUGUAUAUCACUACUAAGCUAUUUUUAGUUAGACUAAAGUGUCCUUCUUUCAAAGACUGUGUUAGAACCAAGCCAGCCGUGUGGUUCUUAACAGUUCCUCUUUCUCCAAGUGUCAAUCUGUCAAACACAAUGCUCAACACCCAUUGUUUUAUUCUGUUUUAUAGCAUUCCCUUGCAAAUUGGAGCACCCACCCACAUACCCUGUGUCUCUCCUGCUUCACUCCAUUCUGCGUGUUUGUCUACUUUUAUCUUUGUGCUAUCUUUUCUCCACACUUUUCUAGAUUCAAUUUUACAAUAAUUGAAUUCCAAAAGAUGUAAUUUGAGUAGCUUUUUUCUAUCUUACAGUUUUUUUUUUUAAUGGCUAGGAAUUGAUGUGUUAACUUUAACCCAAGAGAAUUUACUGUGAAUUUUGCCUUUGCUCCCCUUCCUUCCUCCCUCCUUCCC